UCGUUGCCCGUUGGGUUUGCUUUUGAAGUACUAGGAUUUAUACAGAGGCAUGGAAUUAAAAUCGGGGCGUUUGUAUAAGAGGCUGUAGUAGGGUCUUACCAAUGACAGGCUUAUAACGCACGCAGGGGCUCAGAUCGCUGGGUUUCCCUCACGGUAAAUCGCGCACAAGGCUUGUGAAGGAAUGUCGCAUUUUCACCUCCGGUUGCCUCCAGCUCGUGCAAGGUGCAAACCCGGCAGAUGGGGAUAGCCAUGUCUAUGUAUGUGGGGUGAAUACUGAGAGGGGGUGUGGUCUACUCUAGAUCAAUAACCGUCGGUCGGUAGUCUACUGGAAAAGGCAAAACAGAGUAGUGGCAGCAGAGACGGAGAUCCCUGGUCCAUGCUGGAUUGAUUUUUGAUGCUCUAUCUAUGCUUAGCUCAGACGCACUGUAGAGCUGCAGGAGGGUAUUGGCGACAUAUUUGUUGUGGAUCGGUACUCUGAAAGACUAAGUCCUGUAAUAACUGUUUGCGUUUGGUUUCAGACAAGACGUAGCUACAGUGGAUGUUCUCUUAUGAGUUGUGAAGGAAUAACAAUGAUCCAUUUACCCGGAGACUAUUUGUCCUGGAGCUCAAUUAACAAGUGAUAUGUCUCUAAUGGACGUGGAAUUAGGGGCCACAUUAACGAAAUAUCCUCUAUAUACGAGGGAAAAGACAGCCGUAUUGCAUUUGUGAGGUUCUCCUAUUUUCAAGAUUGGGGCUACCUCCCUCCCAUAACUGGGCUUUGUGUGUGAGAGACUGACGAGAGCAGUCCAUUGAAUUGCGCUGCCUGCAUCUAAACACUGGCAUAGAGGUUCACAAGACAAGACCUGCCAAGAUCUGUAGGAGUGAUUCCAGAAGACUGUGUUGGAUCCUCCUCACUAUGAACACUGAGGAUCUGUAGGAGUGAUUCCAGAAGACUGUGUUGGAUCCUCCUCACUAUGAACACUGAGGAGCUGAACUGCCACUAGCUCUGAUCAGACAGGAUGAAUGACAGACAGAGACAGAGAGGAGGGGUGCACACGGUGGAGGCAGAUGUCAUCUUCCACCACCCCAUCUGCUCGGACCUCCUCUCCUCCCCCUCGGAUGAGGAUGGGGGUGUCUGUUCCCUCCCAAGGAAGCAGGAGACGAGCACUAAUGUUCCAGACCUGGGAUUCGUAGUGGGCGACCAGGGACUCGGUCGACAGAGCACACCAGUUACAAAGGAGUACUUGUUGGAUGGUGGUACGGUGAUUGGGCAUCAUCACUUUGACCGUCCACAGGGUGAUGGAUCACACAUCUCAAAUACAGAUCAGUUUCACAUUACGGAUCCUUCUCAUCAAGCACAUACAUCUCACAUACCCAAGCUUGAUGCAGGUAGAGACCAGAACUGUACUCAUGGCAGAAACGGUAUCAGUGAGGAUAUGAAUGGAGCGAGGGAAAAAGUGCCCUGCAGUGUGGGUCCCUCUCUAUGCUUCAAGGGAGAGGCCAGAGAGGAAGCGGAAGGAUCUCUGUCCCUCUGUAGAGAGAGCAUAGUGAGGAGUCAGUGUCACAUCACAAACGUCACUGACUCCCGGGAGCAGGGGACCGCUGCGCCUGACACUCAUUGUAUCACCAUGGGCAACCAGCCAACCAUACAAGAGCUGGGGUGCUUGUUCAGCCACAGCUCUCCCACAGAAUAUGACACAUUGCAUGGACAGUCAGGGCUUGAGUCAAACCAAGGACACAGGGGCAGUAGUGGAAAUGGUAGCUUCAGUAACACAACGCCUAAAGAGGAGCCAGAUUUAGUGAUUGAAGUCGGUGGCCAGAAAAUAAGUGUUCACAAGUCUGUUCUGGCAGGGAAGAGUGACUAUUUCAAGGCUCGUCAGUCAAGAGACAUCCUAAAAGUGAAAGGGCUGAACUACAAGACCCUGACCAUCCUGAUAGACUAUAUCUACACCUCUCAGAUGAAUGUGCACAAGGACAAUGUGGUAGAGGUGAUCACAGGAGCUAAGAUCUUACAGAUCCCAUGUGCCGUCCAGGCUGCUAUGGAUACCAUCUCAGAGCAGGUCACAGCAGAGAACUGUUAUGAGAUUCUAACUAUCGCCAAGAAGCAACGACUCAACGAACUGAAAGAGACGGCCUAUCGCUUCAUGAGUGACAACUUCCUCCAGAUCUUGCAGGACCCAGCGGUGUACGGGCGUCUGACGGGGUCGGAGAGGGAUCUGGUCCUGAAGAAGAGAAUGGAGGGGAAGAGGUCCCUGAUGGUCGCUGAGAUCAACGAUGUGUUUGACCGUGUCGGGAGCCGACCUCCGAGUCGGUGUAACAGUCGACCACAGAGCCCUCUGUCCGUGGCAUCCUUCGAGGAGAACCACAUGAUUUACUACUUCAACGAGGCAGCCAAUGACUGGAGACCUCUGACUCUGAUGCCGGAGGACAUUAACACUAAGGGCUGUGGGAUCUGCACCAUGUACAACUACCUGUUUGUGGCCGGUGGGAUAAAGGGAUAUGGGGAUAAGGGCAAGGUCUCAGACAAGGUGUUCUGUUACAACCCCAUCACUAACCGCUGGAGCGAGGUUCGGCCGCUCAACCAGGCGCGGUCGCAGCUCAAGCUAGUGUCUAUGGAGGGUAACUUGUACGCCAUAGGAGGGGAGUGUUUGUUCACAGUAGAAAAAUACGACCCUCGGACUGAUAGAUGGACCACAGUGGCUCCCUUACCCAAAGGGGCGUUCGCUGUGGCCCAUGAAGCCACCACCUGUAAUGGAGAGCUCUACGUCUCUGGAGGGUCUCUGUUCUACCGUCUCCUAAAAUAUGACCCCAAGAGGGACGAGUGGCAGGAGUGCCCCUACAACAACAGCAGGAAAAAGUCAACCGACAUGGUGGCUCUGAAAAGCUUCAUCUACAGGUUUGACGUCAACCGUGACCAGGGGGUCACUGUGUUCAAGUACGACACCAUAGUGAAAAUGUGGCAUGACUGCGCAUCGCAGCGGCAGGGCAGCCCUAUGCCGUUCAGGUGUGCCGUCAUCGGAAACUGCAUCUAUUGUGUGAACAAGACUCAGACUCUGCAGUUUGUGGUGGAGGAGGACGGCUCUUACUUUGUAGAUGAACCACUCAAGCCACCACUGGAAGCUAAGGGCCUACUGUUCCCCUUCAUCCUCAGUCUGCCUGAGAAGACUGACAGAUUGAUGUGAUGUGACCAUGGAUCACUGAUGCUACGUUACAGACGCCCAUCAAUCUAAUAUAGUGGGCCUUAAAAUAAGAUGAACAUUUUUCACCUUUAUUUUCCCCUGUCCAGUGUACCUGCUCGUAAUGGAAUGUGUUUCUUUGCAUGGCGAGUUAACAGGACAAGCCUUAACAAGGACUACUUUUACAUGUUGAAUGAGAGCAACCAGAAAUGCAUCUGACUCUACAUAAUGAGAUAAUGACACACAUAGUAGUUUUUGUUUGUUGUUGCAUUUCCCUGUGUUCAGUUUUGUAUUGUGUACUUUUGCAAUUGCAGAUAGUUAGAAUAGAUAUUGUUUUGAAUAUUGUUUGCUGGCUGGUGGCUUUUAGCCAAAAAUCGAACCGCAGAGAUGGAAUAGUCUGAAUGAGGGGACAGUUGAGGGGACAAGUGACUGACACAGCUGGCCCUCACAGGUCCUAUACGCAAAUUACACAAGCGAACCCAUAAACAACACAAGGCCUGCUACGGCGGUGAUGUUUGCUCUAUGAAGGAACAGUGGGAGGGCUAUAACAUUCACACAGCCCCAAGGCCUGAUACCAGAACUGCCCUUGACAUUACUUCACAAGGCCAUUGACCAGCAGGAGCACAAUAAGCCACAUGAAUCUUCUACAAUAAUUAUAUUCUACUAUUAUAGAUCAUCAAUGAAUAAUGUUGAAGAGCACAAUGCAAUUACAUAUUAAUGCAUUACUACUGGGCACACACUGGUUGAAUCAACGUUGUUUCUAUGUCAUUUCAAUUAAAUUACAUUGAACCAACGUGAAAUAGACGUUGAAUAGACGUUGAAUUGACGUCUGUGCCCAGUGGGCUUGCAGCGUUGCGUUGCAGAGGCAGUUGCAGUGCGUUCGGUGUGAUGUAUAUGUUGGAUUUAUCCAAUGUAUGCGUCAAAUCGUAUGCGUAGGCGGUUUGACAGAAAUGAUAGCAGAAGAUGAAUUGUUGUACACAUAUCCAGAUGAUGCUGCGUACCAUUUUGCACAACGACGCUGUAGGUUUGAUCGAAGCGUUAGGCCUCACAUUUGCCACAUUCACUAAAUAAAUAAAUAGUAAAUAUAUUUGGGUGAUAAUAUCCUAGAUCAAAAACACUCUUAUGAUCUCUCUAACAUCCACACGCAACACUAGUAUUAGCAACAAUGUAUCAAUGUUGCUGUGAAAACAAGGGCACCACACUCACUGCUACUUUGGUAUUUUAUUAGGAUCCCCAUUAGCUGUUGCAAAAGCAGCAGUUACUCUUCCUGGGGUCCAACACAGAACAUGAAACAUAAUACAGAAUGACAUAAUACAGAACAUCAAUAGACAAGAACAGCUGAAGGACAGAACUACACAUAAAACAUUUUUUAAAGGCACACGUAGCUACUCUGUUCUUUAACAUUCUUCAGAGAAGUGAGGAGUCAUUUCUCGUAUGCAGGCCAGGGGAAUUUGCCAUAGUCCUACCGAUAAUGAAAAUGCUAUUAUGUUGUCAUCUCCCACAUGUAUAUGAUGAGCCAGCCAGAAAGACUGUGACCGUCAUACACAGUAUGUAAUUCCAGAUGCUGUUGAACUGUCUCUCAAGUACUUGACUAUUUCAGUAUAAUUUCUGAUGAUGAAGACGUUUGCCCGUAUUAGAUGAUGUAUAUCUCCUUUGGUGUGUAGCUUGUCCCUUUAUAAUGCAUUUAAUCAUCUCGUCCACACAGCAAUUAGUCGGAAGAAUAUUUUGCAUCAACUUCAGCUCAGUUCUGUUCUGUUAAAAUAUGCCUAAUCCCUUUUACAUUUACAAUAUUGGAAAUGGGUCCAAUAGCACUCCAUCUCCUUGCGCAUUCUUAGGAAUUUGACAUAUUUGUUUGCUUUUAGCAAUAAUACACCAAUUGGGAGUUUUGUUAAUACGUUGGAUUGAUUCAGUGGAAUUUAUUUGGUGAACAAAAUGCUACUACUACUUCUGGUAACAGUAUCCUUGAGAGGCUGUUGUAACUGUGAUGACUGAGUAGAUGUGGACUUAUUCGUCUGGUACUUUGCUGGCUGCCGUCAGUGUGUAGUGAAGCUUUUACAGACUGUUGGUUUUGGAUGAUGAAUGCUUGAAAGUACAGUGUUGGUUGAAGGCUUUCUUACUGCUAAUUAGCAUAUUAAAUAACAGCUAACUAACUGUUGGAUGAUGUAUUUGAGUCAAAACUAAGUGCUGCAAAUAAAAUAUUUAGUGUUUGAAAAAA